AUGACAGAAGUCAGCGGGGUCUCGGAGGCCGAGCCGGGACAGGACGAGGCGGUCGCCGACGCCUUCCCGGAUACUUUCCCGCCGCCGGAUUUUCGAGGGAAGUUUAAAAAGAUGCGGCAGAAGAAAAGGCCCACCAUCCUUGAAACCUCUCCAGUAGGCAAUGGCGACAACAAGCGCCGCCUCCCUCCGGUGUGCAGUGCCCAGGGGGACAAGUGUCCACCGCUCGGCGCCUCCAUAAUCGUGGACCCCGAGAGCAAACCGGGCCAGUACGUCCUCAAGAGUCUCUUCGCCACCUUCGCCGCCGUCUCCGAGCGCAAGAUCCGGGUUAUCAUGGCCGAACCGUUGGAAAAGCCUUUGGCAAAGUCUCUUCAGAGGGGUGAAGAUCCUCACUUUGACCAAUUGCUAAGCACCUUGAGCUCCUUGUCCGAGUUCUGCCUGCCUUCCAUCCUGCGCACCUUGUUCGACUGGUACAAACGUCAAAAGGGCCUGGAGGAGGACAAGUACGAGUUCCGUCCCAGAGCCAAUGCUAAGUCCAAAAAUGAUGAGCGGCAGAGGGAUUAUUUACUUGAAAAGAGGGAUUUGGCCAUCGACUUCAUUUUCUGCCUCGCCCUCAUAGAACUGCUCAAACAGAUGCCCCUGCACCCUGUCCUCGACAGCUCGGUCAACGAGGUCAUCAACUUAGCCUUUAAGCACUUUAGAUACAAAGAAGGAUAUCAAGGUCCUAACACUGGCAACAUUCACACUGUCGCGGACCUCUACGCUGAGGUCAUCGGAGUCCUGGCUCAGUCCAAGUUUCCUGCCGUGAAGAAGAAGUUCAUGAUGGAGCUGAAGGAGCUGAGGCAAAAAGAGCAAAGUCCGUAUGUGGUCCAGAGUACCAUUAGCCUCAUCAUGGGGGUCAAGUUCUUCCGUAUCAAAAUGUAUCCCGUUGAGGAUUUCGAAGCUUCAUUUCAGUUCAUGCAGGAAUGUGCCCAGUACUUCCUGGAAGUUAAGGACAAGGACAUUAAGCACGCCUUGGCUGGGCUUUUCGUUGAGAUUUUGGUUCCUGUUGCAGCAGCGGUGAAGAACGAGGUGAAUGUUCCUUGCCUGAGGAACUUUGUGGACAGCUUGUAUGACACAACCCUCGACUUGUCGGCCAGGAAGAAGCACUCGUUGGCUUUUUACCCGUUAGUGACUUGCCUACUGUGUGUCAGCCAGAAGCAAUUCUUCCUCAGCAAAUGGCAUGUCUUCCUCAACAACUGCCUUUCAAAUCUCAAGAGCCGAGACCCCAAGAUGGCUCGCGUGGCGCUGGAGUCUUUGUAUCGCCUGCUGUGGGUCUACAUGAUCAGGAUCAAGUGCGAGAGCAACACUGCCACACAAGGUCGCCUCAACGCCAUCAUCACGACGCUAUUCCCCAAAGGAUCUCGCGGCGUGGUGCCGAGAGACAUGCCUCUCAACAUCUUUGUCAAAAUCAUCCAAUUCAUUGCUCAGGAAAGACUCGACUUUGCCAUGAAAGAAAUUAUUUUUGAUCUCCUGAGCGUGGGAAAACCAGCAAAGUCCUUCAAUCUCAAUCCAGAGAGAAUGAACAUAGGUCUGAGAGCCUUUCUGGUGGUCGCCGACAAACUUCAAAAGAAGGACGGUGAGCCUCCCAUGCCCAACACCGGCUGCACUUUACCCUCGGGGAACACGCUACGAGUGAAAAAGACGUACCUGAGUAAACCGCUGACGGACGAGGAGGCCAAAGUUAUCGGGAUGUCCCAGUACUACUUCCACAUUCGCAAGGCCCUCGACAACAUCCUGAGACACUUGGACAAAGAAGUCGGACGCUGCAUGAUGAUGACCAACGCGCAGAUGUUGAACAAGGAGCCAGAAGACAUGAUCACAGGUGAACGGAAACCCAAGAUCGACUUGUUCAGGACGUGUGUUGCCGCUAUUCCUCGCGUGAUGCCUGACGGAAUGUCCAAGACAGAGCUAAUAGACUUGCUUUCCAGGCUAACGAUCCAUAUGGACGACGAGCUCAGACUCAUCGCCCAGAACUCUUUGCAAAGUCUGCUAGUGGACUUCAUGGACUGGCGGGACGAAGUCGUGUUAGGGUUCGCCGGCUUUGUGCUGCGCGAGGUCCACGACACUCACCAAGGGCUGUUGGACAGCUCGCUAAAGCUGCUUCUCCUGCUGCUCAACCAGUGGAAACUGACGGAGGUGGUGUCAGAGAGGAGCUACGACAUGGCCGAGAUACAAACUGCAGAGCUGUUACAGAUGAGCUCUGACGUCUCGCAUCCUUAUGCUGCUGCGUUGCACGCCGUGGAGGGUCUGGCCCUUGUGUUGCUCUGUUCGUGUCAGCUCAGCACGCGAAGGCUCGCCGUCAACAUCCUGAAGGAAAUCCCCGGCCUCUUCGCCGUCAUCGGGCAGUCUGAGAAUGACGAUAAACCGUUGAUCGAGAUCAUGGACCGAUUCAGUCCCGUGAUCGUCGAGAGUUUCGCCAACGUGGCCGUCACCGACACGGCCAACACCACCGCCAGCCCCCACCUAGACCUCCAGUGGCUGGCUGAGUGGAGCGUCCGGCUGGUCAACAACCACUACGACACCCGGAGCCCGUCACACGUUUGGAUCUUGGCGCAGUCGGCCAAAGACCCGUGGGUGCUGUGCAUGUACGCCAUGCUGCGACAGGAUCGUCUGCCCGAGCACUGCCCCGCCGCUCUGGGCUAUGCCUGGUCCUACGCCUUCGCUCGCUUGCAGACGCUCAUGCCAGCUGUUGACCCCAAUAACCCAGCAAAUGCCAAGAAGACCAGUACUUCGGACAAUCACCUGACCCUGUGGCGGAACUAUUUGAUCCUUUGCUUUGGGGUGGCCAAACCCAGCGUGGCAUGUGCGGGUCACCUGAGAACGUCGACACCCGAGAUCACGACGGCCGCGCCUGACGGUGCGGCCAACCAUGACAACAAGGUGGUCGCGGGUUGUCCGUCUGUCGCUUGGCUCCUCAAGCAGUUGGUUCCCCUCAUGCGGGCUGAGAACACAGAGCUGACAGAGGCCUUAGUCGUGGGCUUCGGCCGCGCCAACUCCCUGGUCUUUAGAGAACUUGUGGAGGAACUGCAUCCGCUUAUGAAAGAAACGCUGGAACGAAGACCUGAGAACAAGAAACGACGCGAACGUCGCGACGUUCUCCGACUUCAACUGCUGCGUAUCUUCGAGUUGCUGGCGGACGCGGGCGUGCUCAGCGACAGCACAAACGGAGCUCUGGAGCGUGACACCUUGGCCCUCGGCGCCCUCUUCCUGGACUACGUGGAUUCCACCAGGACGCUCCUGGAAGCUGACAAUGACAAAGAAGCGGAGAUCCUCAAGGACAGUCGCGCUCACUUCGGCGCCAUGGUGGCCAACCUCAUCCAGUGUGUGCCAGUGCACCACAGGCGCUUCCUGUUCCCGCAGCAGAGCCUCCGACAUCAUCUCUUCAUCCUCUUCAGCCAGUGGGCGGGGCCUUUCAGCGUCAUGUUCACCCCGUUGGACCGCUACAGUGACAGGAAUCACCAGAUCACACGCUCCCAGUACUGCGCUUUGAAGGCCAUGUCCGCCGUGUUGUGCUGCGGGCCGGUCUUCGACAACGUGGGCCUCUCUUCGGGCGGCUACCUCUACAAGUGGUUGGACAACAUCCUGGCCUGCAAGGACCAACGGGUCCAGCGGCUGGGCUGCGAGGUGGUCAUCCUGCUCCUGGAACUCAACGUGGAGCAGGUCAACCUCUUCAACUGGGCCGUGGAUCGCUGCUACACGGGUUCCUACCCGCUGGCCUCGGGUUGUUUCAAAGCCAUUGCCGCAGCGUGCACCGGCAGAAACUACCCGGGUGACACGGUGACGUUGCUCAAUCUGGUCCUCUUCAAGGCGUCGGACGCAAACAAAGAGAUUUAUGAUAUUUCCAUGCAAUUGAUGCAGAUUCUGGAGGUCAGGUUGUUCGCGUACUCCAAGAAGGUGGCUGGGCAGAAGCCCGAUUGCGUCCUUUACGGCACCCACGAGGCCUUGCCGCCUCUCUACAGCAUCUCGCUCUCUGAGCUCUCAAGCCAGCUGGCCGUGAUGUACCCCGAACUUACUCUCCCUCUUUUUUCAGAAAUUAGCCAGAGGUUCCCCAGCACUCACAGCAACGGGAGGCAGAUCAUGUUGACCUAUCUGCUGCCUUGGCUGGGGAACAUUGAGCUAGUGGAUGCCGGCCUGUCCGUGCCGGCCUCCGACUACGACUAUGACUCCGCCUUUGCCCGGCGGCAUCUGAGGGGAAGCGGCUGGGGUUCCCCACAAGCCACGUCCAUGGUGCUCAACAACCUCAUGUACAUGACGGCCAAGUAUGCAGACGACUUACCCAGCUCUGAAAUGGAAAAUGCCUGGAAUGCUUUGGCCUGCAACGAAAAAUGGAGUGGCAACUUACGCACCACGCUGCAGUUUCUUAUCAACCUGUGCGGCAUCAGCGGCGACACGCCACUGCUGCCUUUCAUCAAGAAGGUGGUGAUCUAUCUGUGUCGAAACAACACCACGCAAACCAUGGACGAGCUGCUCUCGGAGAUGGAAAAGACGGAUCCUGUCAACUCCACCGUCCGCCAUUGUGACAGUCCACCGUUUUAUCACUUUGGUGCCACCUGCAAGGUCGCCGCGACCGCCACCUCAGGGAGCGUGACCAACAGUCACACCGUAGUUGCAGGCCAGGAAACCCACCCAGAUACAGACGAUAACAAGGCAAAGGACAAUGAAGAGAGAAUCGGCCACGCUUUAAGAGCUCAUCACCAUUUGGAAUUUCGCUACAGCAACAGCUCGGGAGGAUCAUACGACGAAGACAAGAGUGACCCUAUGCUCCCUUAUACUGACUGGCUGUCGUUGGUGUUCGAAAGCAAGCGUCCCCAUCCUCUCCCCAUGCCUCUCAACGGCGGCUGCUGGGCUCCUCUGGUGGACUUCCUGCCCGAGAACCUGACGCCCAAGGCACCUUUGCACAGGUGUAAUGUAGCAGUCAUAUUCACGACAGAGCUGGUGGUGGACCACAACGUGAGGGAGGACUGGGUCUCGCACCUCCCGCUGAUGCUGCAUGCCGCAUUUUUGGGCCUGGACCACCAUCGCGCGGAGGUGUUGGAGCACAGCAAACGACUCCUCCUCCACCUUCUCAUGGCGCUGUCCUGCCACCACAACGUCCAGGCCGUGGCCUCGCUAUUGCUCCGGACGCACAAACUGGACGGAGCCAAGACCCUCACUCGGCAGUCCGACUGUUUAACAUCAGGAACAUUCGACCUUCUCAGAGAGUGUCAGGCAUCUCCCGUGCCGGACUCGGGCCUGAGUUCUUCGCCUGCGUCGUCCAGUCUGAGUCUGGGCGGGGCCACCGGCAACCUGCCCCAAAUCUGGGAUGACAGCACAUACGAGAAGACCAGAAAGCUCCUCGAGUUUUUAACUGGCAGGAGCUGCGGACCUGUAUGGUGCCACGAAGAUACAUCCCCCAAGAAGGAGGUAUCUGAAAGCGCCGCUCAGCUGACAAACUUGCUGCGCCACGUGCUGUCCGUCUUUAGAGAAUGCGAUGCCCGACUGGAGCAGCGGCUGAGCGACAUGACUCUGCAGGCGGCUCUCCGCAGUUCCUCUCGACACUACGCCGGACGCUCCUUCCAGGUCUUCCGAGCCCUGCGCCGGCCCGUCCGUGCGUGCGCCGUCUCCGAUUUGCUGUCCAGGCUGGUUGAGGUCGUCGGGGAACACGGAGAGGAGGUGCAGGGCUAUGAGAUGGAAGUGUUACUCACACUGGAAUGUGUGGCGGAUAACUUGGCCAACUGCCUGAAGAACGAUGAGCUGGCAGCUAUCUCCAGCAGAGACUUUUUGGAGCAGUUUUGCACAAGGUAUCGACUCCCCAAAUUUAAUCGCUCUACGUUGAAAAAACGUAAUAGAAGAGGCCUCUCUGAAAAGUUCAAAGGGGUGCCACUGAGCCAUUUCGUUACGUUUUUUCAUCAUUCCAGAUCGUCAUCUCCAGAUCUUCUUAGCACUGUCAAGUCGACGCCCAAUCGUCACAGAGACGGGCGCUUAGAGCUCCUGUCGGGGGAGCGCUUGUCGGACCCUUUGGCCGCCAUCUUUUGGGCGGCGGCGGCGCUGACUGAGUCGGACUUUGAGUGGGAGUACCGGAUGGCGCUGAGGCUGCUGGACAAAGCCCUGGCUGGCGUUUCGCCGAACGAGUGCCGCAAGCUGGAGAAGCUUGGGGGCCGGCUCCAAUGGAGCGGAUGGGCGGGGCUCCGUCGCACGCUGCUCAAAGGCUUGACCUCGGCCGCCACCACUGACCUGGCGCUAAAACUUUUCUGGCGGCUGACGCCCAUGGCGAUUGAGGCGGAUGUUGGUACGUUCCCGGCGCCCGCGAAAAGUCGGCCGCCAUUUUGUGAGUUUUCUCCGCUAGGCUUCCCCUUGAACGUCCUGUGCCUGCUCCCGCAUCUGGUGCAAAAUUUUGACGCCCCAACAAACUUCUGCCAAGAUGUCGCCGAGAGGAUCGCUCAGGUGUGCUCGGAGGAGAAGAAGGUCAAUCUGUCCAACCUGGCGCACGUCAUGACGCUUUACAAGACGCGCUCAUACACGCGCAACUGCUCGUCGUGGCUCAACGCCGUGUGCCGUUACCUCGCGGAGGCCUUCUCGGACGCCGCGCUCGGCCUGCUGGCGUACAUGACCGAGCUGUUGGACAAAGGACUCCCAACUAUGCAGCAGAGCAUUUUGCAAAUCAUCUACAGUCUGCUGAGUCACAUGGACCUGAGCGCCAUCCAAGCAAAGGCCUUCAACAUGGACGUGCUCAAGACCAUUCAGAAAUUUGCACAGACGGUAUAUUGGAGGGAAGCGCUGGACAUCUUGAAGCUGGUGGUGAGCCGCUCGGCCAGUUUGGCGCAGCCCUCUGCCUCCCUCUCUUCCCAGGACUUGAGUCGCGCGUGGGCCUUGCCUGGGAAAACGCUGGACUUCCACUUUGACGUGUCGCAGACGCCCGUGAUUGGUCGGCGCCACGAAGAGCCGCGCGGCGAGAGGGGAAGCUCCUGGUCCUCUGGUUCCUCGGGGUCGGUGUCCGACGACGUCCUGGUGCCCGUCAACUGGAAGAGGCCUCAUUCUUCACAGAAAAGAACCCGCGAGAAACUGGUGCAGGUUUUGUCCUUAUGCGGGCAGGAAGUGGGUCUCACCAAAAACCCUUCGGUGAUUUUCUCUAGCUGCGGCGAGCCGGACCUGACGGUGCGGCGGCGUAGUCCGGCGUACCACCGAGACGGCAGCCCGGAAGCUGCCUCGGAGCAGCAGUUCCGUGUCUUCUGCGACUUUGAUUUCCUGGAUGUGGAGCUGGAAGACGGAGAGGAGUUGCAGGGCGAGACUGUUGACAACUUCAACUGGGGCGUGCGGCGCCACUCGGUGGACAGCCUGGAGGGGAGCCCCCAACUCCCGUCCCACGGUGACUGGGACGAGUCCUCGGAGGAGGGUUCCUUCUCUGCCGGACAGAACCACUCCCGCUCUCUGCCGUUUUUGCAAGCAGAUGAAGACACGAACGAGGUGGAAGCGUCUAUCCGUCGGCUCUCGCACGAGUUUGACUGCGGCGGCGACGGAUUGGACGCUACGUACGCUUUCGACAGACAGGUGGACGCGCCCAGUCCACCGGAGGAGGAACGAUACGACAUCACGCCUCCGUCUUCCCCACCUCCUCCGCCCUCGCCCUUCUUCUCCGCCAUUCUGGCGGCGUUCCAGCCGGCGGUGUGCGAUGACGCCGAGGGGACCUGGCGGGCGCACCUCGGACAGCUGGCGUCCGACUCGGACGGCUCCUGCGCCGUCCACACCUUCCGAAUCUUCUCUUGCCUCUUCCAGAGCAUCCAAAGGCAAUUGAGCUCGCUGACGCGCGAUGCCAUGAGUUACCUGGACGGCAGGCUGACAGGAUUAGGUGCUAAAUUCCUCAGGUCGUCUGAAAUGCUGAGCACGUGCGUCGAGUGCCCCCUGUUGUUUAUCGACCCCGACACGAUCGUUUCAAACGGACUGCUGGAGAAAAUGAAAUUCAGCGUGUUGGAACUGCAGGAGUAUCUGGAUACUUACAACAGUAAAAAGGAGGCGCUGCUCACGUUGUGUGGGAGAGAAGCAAAGGAGCAACAGCUGCAGGUGGAGCUGUGCCAAAAACUCUACAAACUCCACUUUCAACUUUUACUGCUCUUUCAGUCCUACUGGAAGAUGAUUGAGACGGUCCAAUCCAUUGUCUGUCUUCGCAAACUAAGCAACAUGUCUGAAGAGAUGAGCGACUUGAAGAAGCGGCUGCUGGCCGCAGUGCCGGAAGAAGACAAAAGGGCGGCGCCAGAGUUCGCUUUCAGCUCUUCUGAAGAGGCAGUGCAGGCCAUCUUGGAGGCUCUCAAGGACCAGCGCGGCCUGGCGUCUGCUAUCUGCUAUAUUAGGGAGUGCAGAAGAACGUGGCCCAACAUCUUCGGCAGCCCGUCGGAGGACGAGAUCCAGAUGUUACUCAACAUCUACUUCCGGCACCAGACGCUGGGCCGGAUCGGCACGUUAGCUUUGGUGGGUUCCGAGCCGGACCUGGAAAAGGUGGCCGCCCAGCUGACUGAGCUCAAUGCGGAGUUGCGAGAUGCCGCGGUUCGCGCGCGAGGCCGCCGGGACACCGCCUUUCUACCUGACGCUAAGGUUUCGGGAUCCACAUUAUAA